AAAAGUUUCAGCGGUUUUCUAUUCUCCUCUGUCUUCUGCUGUCGCUCGUUCGUUCUUUCUCCAUUGUGCGUCUCUCUUAAUCUCACAGGGAGCUUAGCUCUCGUUCUCGCUCUCUCCUCCGUCCUCUCUCUCGAUCCUCUUGGUCGGGUUUCGUGUACGAUUCUUGUUGAAUCUUUCGAGGCUGUGGAAUUCCGGUCGUGCCGGGUUGCUGAGUUUCUUCUUGAUUUUUCAUGGUGCAUGCGACUGGAGCUGAUCGGGUUGAACCGUCAGAAUGGAUAAGCUGUACGGGUUGCCAUGUUCUGAUAUCUUUAGUAAUGGGAUGCGCAAACACUUCUCUUUGACUUCCACUGGACAACAUAAACAAGUUCUUGGUAUUAGUUCUGGAAGGAAGUGUAACUUUCUCCAAGGGCACAGCCAUAUCAAUUUCCAGAAGGCUCCAGAGUUUAAAGCAACUUCAAGACCAUUUUCUCCAAUAGCCUGUCAAGUGAAACGUGGGGACUUUGAGGGUUCCAUUAACCGUGAUAGCAUCAUAUUGGAUCAACAAAUGUUGGAGCAGGAGCUUCAGAUAGCCAUUGCUGAGGAAAAUUAUGCCAAGGCUGCUAAAAUCAGAGACAGUAUUAGAAAUCUUCAUGAGGAUAGUGUGGCUUCAGUAAUAGCAGCAAAUGCUCAAUUUUACGACUCAUUCAGGAAUGGCGAUAUAACGGCGAUGCAAACGCUAUGGUCUAGAGGGGACAAUGUUUGUUGUGUGCAUCCAGGUUCGCUUGGCAUAUCUGGUUAUGAAUUGGUGAUUGAUAGUUGGAAUCAUGUUUGGGCAAAUUAUGAAUUCCCUUUAGAGAUUGAGCUGCGCGAUGUUCGUGUUCAUGUUCGAGGGAGCAUGGGGUAUGUGACUUGUGUAGAGUUGGUUAGGACGAAAGGUAGCAGCUGGGGAGGGCAUUUUGUGACUAACGGGUUUGAAAAGGUGGAUGGCCGAUGGUUAAUUUGCAUUCACCAUGCCUCCCCUUUUGAUUUUUAAAUAGAAUGCCAUUCCUUCCUUGGAUAUAUAUAUAUAUACUUUUUUUCCC